CACUGUGCUUGAAAACGCCAAUGCGUUUUUCACAGAUUCUGUGUUUUGGUCUGCUCUCGCAGUUUCUUGCACAAGUCCAAGUGCAGGAGCAGGUGUUGUCGCCGAAACGUGACUUACAAGUCACCGUGGGAGUUGGAGAGGCAAAGUUCCUUCGCUUCAACUGCUUAAGUCCUGCCGAUGUAGUUGUGACCCUCAACAGCUACUCGCGCGGUGCGGAUCCGUUGCUCUUUAUCUCAGUGGAUCCCAAUAGUAUGCCGUCCUUUGGUGGCCAUGAAUCUUCCACCUUUUCACAUUGGUUGGAGGACAAAGCUGGGGUCCACUAUGCCACGGCCAAAGGAUUGGGUCCUAACGGAGGAAUCCUGGGUCUGAUGAACGUGCGAAAUUUCGCAGCAGAGGAAUUGAAGGCCGUGCUGUCGCUGCGAUGUUCGUAUGUCGUGGCCUUUGACCUCUUUUUUUGGGACCACCUGCGCUCCUCGGCCGUUUGUCCGAGCCUGCCCGCCAGUGGCUUAGCGGAAUGUUCUGGACAUGGCAAGUGCAGCAGGAGUGGGGAAUGUCAAUGCGAUAGCCAUCACGCGGGCCCUGCCUGCGAGCAUAGCAAGAUGGAAGUGUUGCACAACAGUCGCUAUGAGUUUCAGUUGGCCCCUGGGCACUACCAAUACUUCAGGGUGCACAUUCCACCCAAGUUUCCUGGUGGCUACUUGAAGGUGGAGGUUCACGCCUCCGAUCCUGUGGUAGUCUUGGUGAGAUACGAUGAUCUCCCGACCAAAGCCGUGUACGAUCUGAGCAACUUCGACGAUUGGAUCGAACGCCGUGAUUCCAGCACCUUGAGAUUCAAGGUUGAAGCCAACCAAGAACUGAGUUCAGGGCACAUCCUAGGUCCUCCACCCUUCGACGGCCCGGAGUCCUUGGGCAUGGCCGGUGUGGCGCCCGCCAUCAGCGAUGGCAUGCCCAGCAGUCUGCGGCCCACGGCCAAUAUGGAUCCCAAUGGACAAGCGCAGAGCCUCAAGGAUGGAAUCAGUGGAUCCCUAGUGGGGGAGAUGCCUGGAUCGAUGAACAUGGGCGAACCUCCGCGAAAGCUUCAGGCGGCAAAUGCCUCGCGCCAGCUCCAAGACGAUCAGUGUCCACGUCUUGGGCCCGAUCUGCGACAUCCGGCCUGCUCCAAGUUGACCUUUCUGGACUGUGAGGCCAAGUGUAAGAGGUGCUUGAACUGCGUUGGGAGUGGCCAGGUUGCUACUGGGCAAAAGGAUGCCUGCAGCGGGGAAUGUCAAGAAUGCAUCCUUCCCAAGUGCACGCGCGCCCUGGCGGCUUGCGCGGGGGACAAGAGCUGCUCGGGACCGGAGGCGCAACGCUGUGAGUUGGGCUGCGGAAGCUGCUUGAGUUGCUUAGACAGUCCUGACGGCCGUUGUGGACUCUGCAAGUGUUGCUCUGGUUGUUUGCCUCUGGCGGCCAAGUGCAUGCAAGAUGGCGCCUCGGAGACACGCUACGUCUUCGUGGGCAUCUUGCAUCACAAGCGCUACACCUCGCUGACGGGUAUGGUCACGGCCUCCGCAGAAGUGUCGCUGGUGGAGGAUGAGGAAUUCCUGCUCAGUCCGCCUGCACAGAUGUGGACAGCCAAGACCUACAACCAGUUUCAGGAUCUUCGAAAUGUGGAGAUCACCAAUGCAGCGGACCCGGGCUGCGGGAUGAGUCUGGGGGUAUGCCUCAAAAGCCUCAAAACUCAACACCCAAUCAGCCGGUGGAACCGCAGAACUUGGCAAUUUGUUCGUCUUCACUAUCCCAGUUUUAGGGGACCAAUGGGGUGCAUAAUGACUUGA